UCUUACUUGAACUUGCUCAUCACCAUGGACAACAGCGAAAUAGGGUUAUUUGGUACGCUGCGGCUGAUGAAACGGAUGACCGAUGAGCAGGUAGCAGCAUCCUUGAUCGAUGAGGAGACAGUUACCUUUGGACGCAACCCGGCAUGCACUAUUACCCAGAGAUCAAUACUCUGCACGCGGACAUUGCAAUGUUUCCGAAAAGAAAGGUGCGUGACUUAUUUGCCUAUAAUACCCACACACACCGACAUCUUUAGAAAUUAA